CGCCAUGGGGCCGAACCCCAGCGCCAUGGGGCCGAACCCCAGCGCCAUGGGGCCGAACCCGAGGCCGAAGCCCAGCGCUACGGGUCAGCGCUGCGUACGGAGUGGCAGCGGUUCGGGGACGUCCUUCAGGGCUCCUUUUGGGACACUUACGCCAACCUGACCCAGAAGACGCUGCUGCUGUUGGGUUGGGCGGCUCGCUUUUGCCCCGCCGCUCAAUUCGUCCUCAAAGCCGACGACGAUUCGUUCAUCCACACCCCCGCCCUCCUCGCCCACCUCCGUUCCGCCCCGUCUCCCCCUCCCCUUUAUUACAUGGGUCGGGUCCAUUACGGGGUCUCUCCGAACCGGGACCCCCGAAGCCGCCACCACGUCCCCGCGUGGCUCUACGCCCCGUCCUCGUUCCCACCGUAUUGCAGCGGCAGCGCCUACGUUCUGUCCAUGGACGCCGUCUUGGAGGUUUUAAGGGUCGCCCCUUCGGUACCGAAAGUGAUACCGGAAGAUGUUUUUAUCGGGCUGUGCGCCGAACGGGCCGGGAUCCACGCGAGA